AUGCCUCAAAUAAAAAGAGUAGUGGAUGAAAACUACCCAAAUGAAGACAACACUGUUGGAGGAGUGGCAGCCAGAAUCAAGAGGUUUCUCAAGGACAAGAAGAGUGAACAACUUCUUAUUGUUGGUCCUGAUCCUCAUGUGAUAGAAGAAUGCCUUAGUAAAAUAUUGGAUAAAAUAUGCAGUAAAUCGGCUGAAUAUAAGGCAAUUUACGUAACACAGAAGAAGGACAGUAAUCCAGAGAAGAAGUUCUUUAUUCUGGAUCUAAACCUGAGUACCAGCAUGCAAAACCAGUCAUUACUCUACUAUUACUUGGAACUGUCACUUAAGCACAACUGCUUCGUCUGUCUUACGUCCACAUCUGUGCAAUGUCUGAAUACAUUUGAAAAACGAGUCAGAAGCAGAUUUAAGCACAAAAUAUUUGUUUUAGGCUAUGAAGAAAAUAAGGAAGCCGAUGAUGAAUUGGCCCAUUACAAGGAACACAAGUCUCUCAAACAGGAUACAGAGAUAUUUGAAUUCCACAAGAAGUACAAAUUGGAGUUCUAUUCAGUUGAAUUCGUCUGUGACUUGAUGGAACCAUUGCAUUUUGUAAUUCUGAAUAUUCUGAAGAAGAAAAAGAGACGAGUGAAGAGCAAUGGCAUCUACGAGGUGUUUAAGGAAGCCAAUGUUAUCGAAUUGGGCUGUUCUGAUCAUAUGGAUGUGCUGUAUGCGUACUAUGAUUUAAUGGAAUUCAGACUGAUUUCUGAUAUGGGUGAAAUAUUGAUUGAUUUUUGUGAAUAUGAGGAGUAUGUCAAGGCAAAUUGUGCACAAUUUGUACGUGAUUUACUGUGA